UGUUAUAACACUUAUGUAACAUCAUAUUAUUUUUUAUUUUUAUAUUAUACAACAAUAAAAUACAAUAAGAAUAUGUAUGAUGUGAUUUGAUUUGUAAUUAUUUCUUCACAGUUCUUUCAAUGACCGCAUUGUUAAAGCUGCCAUCACUGUGUAUGGUAUUGUUGCUUACUAUUUGUACAUCGAGUUACUUGAAACCUUUCUUCCCCGGAUUUUUUAAUUCUAAGAGAUCUGGGUUUCCUGGAAUUUUAGGGAAAUUUUCUGUAGUCGGCGACAGACUGUCGAUUUAUGUAUCAUUAUCUUGUAUUUUUUUUGCCUUCUGGACAAUAGCGUUUAAAUAAAAUAUGUUAUAUUAACUUGUAUUUUAAUUGUAAUAUUUUUCAAAGUUGGAUCAUAAAAUAAUAUUAAAAUGGCUACAAAUUACAACACUGUGGAUAUUCUCCCCUGCCAAACUUUAUAUGUAUACAACCUCAACGAUCAAAUACAUGUAGAAGUACUAAAGAAGCUUCUAUACGAAUUAUUCGUUCCUUAUGGAAUCAUAGUGGAUAUCGUAGCUAGAAGAACGAAAACAUUAAGAGGCCAAGCCUUUGUGGUAUUCAGUGAAAUAUCAAGUGCAACUGCAGCUCUAAAGGGACUUAAUGGAAGGAAAGUUUUAAAUAAAGUAUUGAAGAUCGAAUACGCAAAAAACAGAUCUUACAAAACACUCAAGCCAUCUGACUACUAUAAGAUGUCAAAAGCUAAUCGAGCAAAGCUUAAACAUGUCUCAGAUCUACCAGAAGAUCUAAGAUCUAGCUUAACAGAUGAAUCUCACGCGUUAUUCGUCCAAAAUAUCCCUCAUGAUAUGAGCAAGGAAUCGCUGGAGUUGCUAUUCAAACAAUAUCCGGGCUUCAGGGGCUGUAGAUUUAUAGAAGGCCGAUUCGUAGCCUUUGUCGAUUAUUCUAUGGCCUCUCAGGCAGAGAUCGCAUUAGAGGGUUUGAAUGGAUUUAGAGUAUCUCAUACUCACGCCUUACAAAUCUCACUAGCUAAUUAA